UGGGGGGUGAGGAUAAAAUGAUUGGAAAUAAUAUGACGUCAUGUCAUGCUGACGUUAACGGGACAUCCUUUGAUUUCUGUCCGAAGAAAGCGUGUAAUAUAAACGGAACGGCGUGUUCCAGAGUGAAUUUUGAUAGAAGCCUUACGACAGUGGCCACUGAGUUCAAUCUGGUUUGUGCCCUAGACUUCAUUCCAAGUACAAUAAAUUCAGUACAAAUUGCUGGUACCCUUGUUGGCAAUAUUGCUGCAGGACAAAUUGCUGAUUUAAUUGGGCGAAAACCACCGUUUUUUGCAUCAAUUCUUCUUAUUUUCUCAUUUAAUAUUGUCGGCUAUUUUUCAACAAGUUGGCAAGUAUUUGCAGUUGCACGAUUUUUCCUUGGCAUGGGCGGUGGUUUCUUUCUGACGACACAAUAUUGUUUCCUUUCGGAAUUUUCUCUGGCACGUUGGCGUGUUUGGAUAGUGGGGUUCCCUUCAUGGCCUAUUCAGUCAAGUGUGUUGUCCCUGUUGGCAUGGCUGUUACAUGACUGGCGAUACAUACAACUAAUGACGGCUCUUUGUGCUAUUCCAUGUCUUCUUGCAUGGUUUGCAUUGCCUGAAAGUUUCCGUUGGUACAUAGCCCAUGAUAAACCAGAGAAGGCUGCUCAAAUCAUUACACGCAUAGCCAAAUAUAACAAGCAUGAAGAAUUCGAUAUAGACAAAGUUCUAGAUAACCAGGAAGAGCAGGAAGAUCAGAAAUACACAGUGUUACAUUUGUUCAAAUCAAGAUACUUGACAAAAAUAACGAUUCUUCUGUCAUUCAGCUGGAUUGCUCUUGGUGUUGUGUCAUAUGGGAUUUCAUUUGGGAUCCAGGAACUUUCUGGAAGCAUUUAUUUAAAUGUUUUCCUAUUUAGUAUUGUUGGUAUUCCCAGCAAAUCAGUUGCGCUCUGGCUUCAAAACAGGUUUGGUCGAAGAGCGACAUCGGUUUUAUGUUUUAUAGUUGUUGCUGUAGGCGGAUCUGUUGUAGGAUUUGUACAGACGUUUAAUGCACCGCACAAGGACGAACUUACCAAUGGGUUUGCAUUGGUAGCCAACAUGGGUAUAUCUAUGGCAUGGGGACCAAUACAGACGAUGACCAUUGAGCUGUAUCCGACAGUAAUCAGAAAUAUCGGUUUCGGCUCACUAAGCGUCACAGGACGAAUAGGUGCUAUACUGGGACCUCAGUUAGUUUAUUUGAAUACUUACACACCAGGAUUAUUGUAUUUCUGUUGCGCAGGAAUAUCUGUCGUUUGUAUAAUCGGACUACUUUUCUUGCCAGAGACUAUGAACCAAAAUUUAAAUGAUAAGAUCAACGAAGAAAAUAGAAUAGAGAUGGAGGGUGACAUUGCCAAAGAAAAGUCCACGGAAUGGCUGGACAAUGUGAAUGGAUAUACAACACAAAGCGGCAAGAAAGUGUUUACAGUUACUAUGGCUGAUACAUCAGAUACAAUUCACUCUACUGAAAACAUUAUAUUUUCGACACAGUUGUAA